GCAAAGUGCUGCGGAACUGAAUCGCGCCGGAAGUGUUUUGCUGUGUAUAGGAAUUUUGCUGCACUCAUCAGGACUUCAGGUGCUCUUGAAAUGGCCUGCUUCGAGUGGAUCAAUAACGACCUGCUGACGGGGCUACUGUCUGAGCAGCAUGGAACCAGUUUCAAGCGGCUAAUUGCCUACGAUGUUAGCUUUGCCACCAAAAAGGGAGAUAAUUAUGCGAGUGAAAUGUAUCGUGUGUCGGUGCAGUACGACAUCGGGAACAUAGUGAAGAAAAGGAUAAUUCUUAAGGUGAUGCCAUCGGGAGAACUACAGCAAAAAGUCAUGGAGGAGAACAGUAUCUACUCUAGGGAGAUAGUAAUCUACAGUCAAAUAAUGCCCAGGAUAUACGAGCUCUUAAGGUCGAUUGGUGAUGUUUCGAUUAUUUCGCCGCUCUGUUUGACCACCGCCAACACACCCAAGCAGAUGCUCGUGUUUGAGGAUGUUAGCGAACAGAGCUUUAAGAUGAUGGAUCGUCGCCUUGGAUUAGAUUUAGACCAUGCUCGCUUGGUGAUUGUAAAGCUUGCCAAACUGCACGCCUGCUCGCGGAUUGUGUACGAAGCUGAACCGACCCUGUUUGACCUCAUGAUGGAAGGAUGCAUUUCAGAUGAUCCCAAGAAGCAAACGUUCUUACCCUACUAUCGACGGUGCGUUGGUCAGGUCAUGCGUUUAGUGCAGCAAUGGAACAAGGAUGGAAGAUGGAACUCGAUUCUGGGAAAACUGGACAAGCUUCAGGACAAGAUUAUUCCCUACGGAUGUGAUGUUUACCACCGACGGGACGAUUGCUUUAACGUACUUAAUCAUAACGACAUCUGGGUUAACAAUAUGAUGUUUCAAUUCGAGCCGGGAACGGGAGUGAAAGAUGUUCUGCUGCUGGAUUAUCAACUGUCCUUUUACGGUUCUCCAGGGAUAGAUCUUAAUUUCUUGCUGUACGGUUCACUUCAACCGGAAGUUCGCAAAUUACAUCUCAUGGAGUUAGUACAGCUCUAUCACACUACGCUCCGUGGAACGUUGGAGCAACUGCACUACGGAGGAACCAUCCCCAGCCUGCCAGACAUCCACGUGGAAAUCAUUCGCAAGGGAUUCCACCGUGUCAACGCCGUCUUUCAGCAGAUGCCCGUUGCCAUGAUGGAACGUUCGGAAGAUGCGGACAUGGAUUUGAUCUUGGGAGAGGGCGAACGAAGCGAAACAUGCCGUCGAGAGCUGUUUGACAAUCCACGAUACGUCAGCAUUUUGCCAGCCCUGUUGCACGAGUUUGAUCUAGCCGGUUACUUAGAUUCAAUAAUGCCAGAAAAUACCAUACCAGCUUGCCUGAACGCAUCCGCCGAUGCACCGGACUGGCUAAACGAAGCGUACGUGGAGCAAAUGCUGCGCUGCGCGUUUAAGGACGCAUCAAUCAAAGUGCGCAAGCUGGAUGUAUACUAUGCCGUGCCGAAGGGGAACAACUAUGCUAGCAUCAUAUUUCGCAUCGGUGUUACGUACCACUCCCAGUUACAGUACGAAAUAUCACGCACCUUCAUUGUCAAAGGCAUGAUCACGGAGGGAAUUGCAGGCGAGAAGCUGCGCCAGUACGACGUGCAGCGCAAGGAGAUGGACGUGUACCAAUUUGUGAUUCCCGAGCUGAAGCUCCUGAUGAAAUCGAUCGGCGAGCCGGGCGAGCUGUAUCCUACCGCGCUGAUAGUGGAUCGCAAGCGUGAGGUGAUCGUGUUUAAGGAUCUGACCCCGGACGGCUACCGGAUGGUGGACCGGACGCAGGGCAUGGACAUGGUGCACAUGAAAAUGGCUAUCAAGCUGAUGGCCAAAAUGCAUGCAAGCUCGCUGAAGAUGCGCGAGCAGCAGCCCAACAUAUUUGUGCCGUACAACACGUGCAUCGUGACGCGCGAAACGGACGCUUUCUAUCCGAUGUUUGUGCACAUCUUUAACGCACUGACGGACGAGGUUGGCAAAUGGGGAUCGGAAUGGAAGUACUAUCACGAGAAGCUGCAGCAGUUGGCACCGAACUUUGUCGAGUACUCACAGCGCGUGGUGGACAACGAUCCGGCCAGCGAUGAUUUGUGCGUGUUUGUGCAGGGUGACAUGUGGGUGAACAAUUUCCUGUACAAGUAUGAUGGGCAGGGCAAUCCGAUCGAUGCAGUUCUGCUGGAUUUUCAGUACUGCACGUACGGCACACCGAUGAUCGAUUUCUGCUACCUUUACUACACCUCGGCUAGGGAUGACAUCAGACAGAACUGUUUCGAUGAGCUGCUCCAGUACUACUACUAUCAGCUGGUGGACUACGCACGACGGUUGCAGUACCGGGCGCGGUUGCCAACACUCUAUCAGUUUCUGCAGCAAACGCAACGGAAAAUGUUCUACGCUGUGUACUCCACCUUCAUUGCAUUACCGGUACAGAUGAAUGACAAUACGGCUGAUGCCGAUUUCGAAGCAUUGAUGUGCAACGACGAGCGGGCACAGAGCUUUAAGCGCAUGAUUGUGGCGAACGACAAAUACCAAACCAUCCUGCGCGGUUUGCUGCCACAGUUCGAUCGCAAGGGUCUGUUGGACAAAUUGGACUAGACUCCAUUUGGAAUGUCUCAAAUAUUCUUCUACCUAUCUUUAUUAUCAAUAAACAAAAUCCAGUAAGGUCUGAAGCCUUUCAACCGCCGGACCUGUAA